AUGGAUGGCACGAGAGAACCGCUUCUGGCUGAAGAGAGCCCCAGCCGGGGGAACGUUGGAGGAGCUGGUGGGGCGGCUUGGGGGUCACGGUUGCCUGGUUACCCCCACUACCGCCGCCUACCAUCCGCCAGCCCAACAAGAUACCUCGAGGAUGACGUCAUGUCAGCCCAAGACAAGAUGCUGAUGUCGCAAGACGACCAACUACAUCUAAUAAGCAAUUCGGUCGGUUCAUUGAAAACAGUCUCCAAGCAAAUCGGCAUCGAAUUGGAUGAACAGGCCGUUAUGCUAGAUGAUUUGAACACUGAACUCGAAAAUGCAGAUUCAAAGUUGGAUUCAACCCUGAAGAAGGUCGCCAGGGUGCUGCACAUGAACAAUGGUCGGUUGGACUUCUAA